GCUCCAUUAAACCUGCCCCCUCCUCUUUCGCUGUGCUGUUCUCCGGUCUUGUGACUGGCUGCCUCAGCACUGCUGCUCUAUCUAUCCAUCACUCAGUGAGUGGAGAGGAGCGACGAUGAGGUAAACCUGCGGCUGCAGCUGCUGGAGAAACAGGACAGUAAGGAGCGGACAAAGACGGCAAAGGGAAAAGGCUAGGAAGGCAGAGGACCGAGGCAUGGCAUCCAUAAACGGGGCGCGAAAGAAAGCCGCGGCGAGGAACCGAGCCGUGGAGAGGAGGAAUUUAAUCACCGUUUGCAGGUUUUCGGUGAAAACGCUGAUCGAUCGCUCCUGUUUUGAGACUAUAGAUGACGCGUCUCCUGAAUUCAUCAACUUUGUCUCUAUUCUGGAACAGAUACUCAGCCAUCGGCUCAAAGGUCAGGUCAGUUGGUUUGGCUAUGAGAGCCCUCGUAGUUUCUGGGAUUAUGUCCGUGUGGCCUGUAGCAAAGUCCCUCACAGCUGCAUCCACAGCAUUGAGAGCAUGGAGAAUGUCCGCAGCUCCAGAGCCAAGGGUCGUGCGUGGAUCAGAGUUGCGUUGAUGGAGAAGCGUUUGUCUGAAUACAUCUCUGCAGCUUUGAGAGACUUCAAAACCACAAGGCGGUUUUACGAGGAUGGGGCCAUAAUGCUGGGUGAGGAGGCAGGGCUGCUUGCGGAUACUCUGAUUGGUCUAAAUGCUAUUGACUUCAGUUUCUGUCUGAAGGGCGAGGGUUUGGAUGGAACCUAUCCUGCUGUCAUCGACUACACACCUUACCUCAAGUUCACACAAAGCUCAGACAGUAUCAGCAGCGAUGAGGAGGAGAUGCGAACUCUGGGCAGCAGCGGCAGUGAAGCCAGCACACCGGAAUCCAACAUGGCUGCGAGCUUCCGCACUGACCUGAGCAGCUGGUACAGCAAAUACAAGAGAGUAGAGCAGAAAUAUAGAGUGGUCCUGGAACAGAAGGGUUAUCUGGAGGAGCUGGUGCGUUUGAGAGAAGCUCAGCUGUCGGAGUCUGUUUCCCAAAACAAAGCUUUAUUGCAGCGCUUUACAGAGGCUGACAUCAGCCACAAACUGGAGAAGGAGCAGCUGGAGUACAUCAUACUGGAGCUUCAAGACCAACUCAGAACUGUACUGAAGAACCAUGACCUGCGCUCUAGACAGGAGCUCACCUCCCACCUGACCAAUCAGUGGCCCUCUCCUGGAGCCCUGGAUAACAACGCUGUUGCCUUGGACACGCUCCUCUACCAGAAACGCUCCGGGCCAUGGGAAGAGAAAAGCUUUCCAAGUCUGGACCAGCUGUCUGCUGAUAUGAGCCUGUCUCAGUUAUCUCUGGACCCAGGACACACACACACACGCAGUCUGGAUGGCAAAACGGGACUCGCACACUGGCACAGAGAAGGUAAAGAGGACACGCCAUCUCUCAGAGGGCUGUGCGGGUCUCUAACUUCAGUGGCCAGCUACAAGUCUCUAGCCAGUCUGAAGUCCAACACACAAUAAGAGGAGCCCAUUCCUGCUCUGCUGCUGCCUCUUCAGUUGCCUUUUGAUUCAUAGCCAUGCUGGGUGAAUCUGAGAAUUUCUUCACAUUGUUGCUUGAAUUUUUUGCUGUAAUUGAAGAGCCACAUUUGCAAGAGAUGGAAAAAUACUUUUUGCUUAGAUUUUCUCAUUAGACUUGAAUGAAUUAUGUUUUUUUUACGUACUCAUUAGGUUUGCCAACCCUUAUAAAUGUUCAUUUCAGAUGUUUGCUUUGCCUUAAGAACACUAGAACUGGCACAUCUGUCAGUAAGGCGGUUUUGUUGGGGUUGUUUGGAGUCAAGUUCCAUCCAUCCAUCCAUUAUCUUCCGCUUGUCCGGGGUUCGGGUCGCGGGGGCAGCAUCCUAAGCAAUGAAGCCCAGACCUCCCUUUCCCCAGCCACUUCCACCAGCUC